AGCUGAGAUUCCUCCCAGAUCAGACACAGAGCCCCGUCUCCGUGCGUCUGUGUCUCUAAACCGUUGACCUUACAAAUGAGCAUGCUGCAUCAUUGUGAGAAUUGGUGUUUCUGGGCGGUGCAAAGUGGAGUAGAGCACAUCACGGUGCAGGAUAUCUGAGAAGAGCAGAGCACAGAGAGGCAGGCACAUCCGCCGCUGGAGGGAUCAAAUCUGCACCAUCUGACGCUCAAGGAUUUAUGGGUUUAGUCAAAAUUGCUUUUCCCACUGUGGAGAUUAAGCACCGUAGGAUGUUUUCCACUCAGGCCGUAGAAUAGCCCAGUGUAGCUGCUGCCGCCGUUGCCGUUUUUCCUCCCUCUUGUCGGCUCCGGCGCUGGAGAAGGGAAUGACUCAGGAAGGCAGAGAGCUCCAGACCCUGGAGGGGAGUAGAUUCUGAUUGACAGGAGAGGUCCGUCCUCUGGGGAAUGUGAACCAUGCAGGUGGAUGCCGUCCUUGUGCUCUUCUUGUGUGUUUGGCUCGCGGCCGCAGCUGGGAAGAUGGUCCAGUCGAGAGGUCACAAGCUGGAAACCUACAAACAAAGCAGGUCACGAAGAGACACCAGAAUGGAGGGGGGUGGAGGUCACAAAUCUGGGAGCCCAAUUUACAAACGAAGCCCAGACAUGACCAAGUCCCCGAUGACCAAAUCGGAGCAGCUCCUGAGAAUAGACGACCACGACUUCACCAUGAGACCGGCGUUCGGAGGUCCUCCGAUCCCCGUCGGAGUUGACGUUCAGGUUGAAAGUCUUGACACCAUCUCUGAAGUGGACAUGGACUUCACCAUGACGCUGUACCUGCGUCACUACUGGAAGGACGAGCGGCUGGCGUUCCCGAGCACCAACAACCAGAGCAUGACCUUCGACAGUCGCCUGGUGAAGAAGAUCUGGGUCCCCGACAUGUUCUUCGUCCACUCCAAGCGCUCCUUCAUCCACGACACCACCACGGACAACGUCAUGUUGAGGGUUCACCCCGACGGCAACGUGCUCUACAGCCUGAGAGUCACGGUCACCGCCAUGUGCAACAUGGAUCUCAGUCGUUUCCCCCUGGACACCCAAACCUGCUCGCUGGAGAUCGAGAGCUAUGCGUACACCGAUGACGACCUCAUGCUGUACUGGAAGAAAGGCAACGAGUCCUUGAACACCGAUGACAGAAUAUCUCUGUCCCAGUUCCUCAUCCAGAAAUUUCACACCACCACCAAACUGGCUUUCUACAGCAGCACAGGCUGGUACAAUCGGCUGUACAUACACUUCACUCUGCGGCGCCACAUCUUCUUCUUCCUGCUGCAGACUUACUUCCCUGCCACUCUGAUGGUCAUGCUGUCCUGGGUGUCCUUCUGGAUCGACCGCAGGGCCGUCCCCGCCAGGGUGCCGCUAGGCAUCACCACAGUGCUGACCAUGUCCACCAUCAUCACCGGGGUCAACGCCUCCAUGCCACGGGUCUCCUACAUAAAGGCCGUGGACAUUUACCUCUGGGUCAGUUUUGUCUUUGUCUUCCUGUCGGUGAUAGAGUAUGCGGCGGUUAACUACCUCUCCACCGUACAGGAGAGAAAAGAGAGGAAGCUGAGGGAGCGACUGCCGUGUACAUGCGGCAUUGGGAACCCCGACGACAUGAUGAUAGACCCCCAGAUCACUGGCUACGGGUCUAUAGAUAUCAACAACACAGGGAAUUAUGGGAUCCCAGAGAACGGCGGCCGCCAGGAGCGAAUUCUGGCUCAGGUGGCGCUGAAUGACCCGCAAAUCACGGGCCAGGUGAAGCCGGCCAGAGGCUACGUGAACAUCUGGAUAGACACCCACGCCAUUGACAAGUACUCAAGGGUCGUCUUUCCCGGAGCGUACAUCCUCUUUAACAUCAUCUACUGGUCCAUCUACUCAUAACGUGGGGUGCGGGGGAAAGGCUGCGAGAGCCGUCCACGAGGGGACAACAUGAGCUCGACCCGAGUGCAGGAACAAUGACUUUGCACUCACAAACUGUUCAUUAGACGCAUGGGGACCAUCGACAGACGGGUGACCGUUGCCUUCUUGACCCAGCCUCUUAAAAGUGAUGACUUUGAAAAAUGAGCUACACAAAAACUGCCACUGUUUGUGACGCUCCGUGAAAUCUGUGCGGUUUAAUGUUUUAACUAUGGCGUUUCCGAUGGAAGGAUGUUGUGGAUAUCGUCGUCAUCUAAGAACUCACAGCAACGCACACACUUCUGUUAAUGCGCAGUGUAACGCAAAUCAAAUCUCGAUGCAGUGACUCAGAACGUGUUUUCAAACCUGGAAAUGUGAACUGGAAACGGGCCGACGCUGACGGGCCUUUGCCAGUGUACGGACGGAUCCUCCCUCUUCUUUAUUUAAUCUGCACCUGACAAUCACCAACAAACUAAAAAUCUUCAGAGGAACAGUCUGACAUUUCGAGAAAUGUGAUUAUUCACUUGAGAAAGUAGAAAGUUUUUGGUCUGUUAGAUAUACGGCUACAACCAACAGCCAGUUAGCUUAGCAUAAAAAUUACAAAGUAAAAAAAAAAAAAAAGCUCAGAUUUUUGGUUCUGUCCCACCAGUCAACAAUUCCCUAAUUAAAGAGUUGUACAUUUGUUUAAUUAGUAGAAAAAACAGCAUAAAAGCUCACUUUUACUGGCAAAUUCUGGUUGGGACUAAUAACUUUCUGUCUUACCAAUUAGGAAAUGAUUUGGAACAACAACAAAUUGUUGUUUUUACAUCUUAGUUUCUAUGCAUACCAAAUGAAUGACUCGUAACAUAACUGAUUAGUGCGCUUUUGUAGUGCUGGCAUGCAGAUGUUUUUAUUUUUAAACCCUUUUGCCCGAUUUUCUGUCUCCGUGAUGAGCUAGGCUAACGGUCUCCUGACUGGAGCUUCGUAGUUACUGUACAGACGCCAAGGUUCGCAUCAUUCCACAUCUUACUCUGCAAGAGAAAAUAAAAUGCGGAAAAAUUCCUUCUUACAAAAAAAAUAACGAUUCAGUUUACUCUCAUUCUUGAGGGUCUGUUGUUUUCUUCUGCAGCAUGCUCGUAUGAUUCAGUUUUUGUUACCUUUUCUUGUGAAGUUUGCACCAGUGCAGUUACUUUGCUGUCGAGCUGCUGCGUUGCACUUGAGGAGUCGGCAAAGUUUAGCAAAAGGCAAAAAUAAUGCAGUUUAAUUAAAUGACAAAUGUAAAGAUGUAUGUUUAGUAAAUCCCAAAAAAAUUAUUAUGCUAUUGACUUUUUUUUUAAAUGUCCUCAUUUCUUUUCUGUUCUUUUUUUAUUAUUAUUAUUUUUAGAUACAACUGAAGCUCAUCUCCUCUGUUUGGUGUUGUGAGGCUUUGAGAUUCGCUGUGACCUGUUAGUUGCUAGUUUUAUCGUCUGUUUCAUCUUAUACUUUGUUAGGCAAAGGAUAUAUAAAAAAAAUUAUUCCGGUGGUUCAUGGCAAUUUAAUGACCAAGCGUACGGAUAUUAAAUUAAACUAAUUAAACAUGUUGUUGUGUCGGGAAAUGCUUAAUAAAUGUUUUGUUUUCAGAAAAUGUGAAAAAUAUUUGAGCCGAGCUUCAGCAUUGUAUAUAUUUUUACUUAGCAAACCUGAAUGCAUUGAGAUGCAUGGCUUAAAAUGGCUUUUUGCAGACAUUAAAAUCAACUUAAGACACUUGA